AUGGUGAAUGAGACCUCUGCAUCGUUAUCACCCGACCGGUCGGAGUUCCAGACAAUUCAAACGGUGCCCUUCGAAGACACCGUUGCGGUUGAUACCCCUCUUGCGAUUCGGUCGGUCUCGUUGCCCACGCCCCAUGCGCCAUCAGGCCCCAAUGGCAGGUCCUUAAGCACGAGUGCUGCGUCAACUGGUUCUGGCGACAAUCCAACGCCCGGAAAUCCAUUUUCUCGGCUCAGACCCUUCACCCCCACCGGAGAUGAUAACCGAACCGUUCGAUCAGAGGGCCCGCCCUCGCUACGGAGCGUACCCAGCAUCACAGUGAAUGAACCAGGACCCCGUCCUGGCUCACGGCCAGGGUCACGGCCGGGCUCUCGCUGGUCGGAACGCAAAUGGGGAGGACUGAGAAAGCGAUCGGGAGAGAUGGACCGGAAACUGAGCUCGGAAGGAUCGCCUCCUCCAGUGCCUCAGAUCGAACGCUCCUUCGCUGGAAUCCCCCUCGAUAUACCGACGUCCUCUCUCGAAGCCUUGAACCAGCCAAUGAAAUUUUCAAACCGCGGGAGCUUGAUCAAGAGUGCAGUGAACCGUCCACACCCACACCGACCCCAGGAGAAGCUAGAGGAGCAUCCAGACCAGGUCUUGGACCAAACCGCGCAAUCAGGAUCUGACGAGGCCACUGCACGAGAAGUCAGCCAAGGGACAGACGAGAAGCCGAGAGAUACUCCAGGUCAGCCAUUGAGUCAAGGUACCCCUGAGGUAACGCCACCUCCCUCAGCUGCGAAAUCUCAGCCUGAGGAAGAGAACGGAACACCGAAAGUUGUUCCUCGACGCACCAGUACCCUUCGGCCCAGACAAAUGAGUCUUCCAAGCAGGGCUAUAUCAGCAGACGAAGAUAUGUUGUCACGUCGAGUCCGGUUGAUGUACGAGAAGGGCGAAGACAAUGUUACUGACUCCGAGGUCGCGAAAGCAUUGGCCUCUGAAAAUGGUGUUCUGUGGGAAGAGGAUGCGCAAGCGGAAACCGAGACAUCUGAAACAACAUCAGCGCUGGCAAAUGAGAACGGCACCGAACCGAAACCAAGAGCCUCCGCCGAAGUAGAGCGUCGUCGAAUCAAGAGAGAAACUCAGGAACUAGCGGGGGGUGCUGAGUACUGGCAAAAUGUUGGUGCCGAAGAAGUUGAUCGCUAUGGCUUCAUUCGCCCCGCGACGAACUCGAAAGGAUCCGAUAUCAAUCCCCUCCAGCGAGUUACCACUAGUCUACUGUUGGCAUCUGAAACACCCCGACGGAAGCGAUCUAUCCGCCCACCAACUGCACCAGCCAGUAAUCGCUCAUUCAAUGGCCCUUCCCUAAACCGCAAGAUAUCCCAGAGCUCGCUAGGAAACCGUCCCGCUUCGUCACAAAGCAAUUACAGUGCGCCGUUGCGCCGAUCCACCUCUCGUUUGCGUACUGCGACCAAUCACCUUCCUCACAACCGAGACCGCAAAGCUAAGGAUGAGGCGGCUGAUAUGCUCACUCUACCUUGCGAGUCUGUUCCCGGCCAGAAGGAAGAUACCCAGGCCAAUCGUGCAAUGCGGAGAAAAGAGUGGCAACGUGAAGACAAGUGGACUAAAAUGGCCAAGCCCAAGAAGAAACUCAAGGAUGGCGGCGGUAUGACCUUCGAGUUUGACACGCGAAGCUCAAAAUUGAUUGAACGAACGUGGAAGGGGAUUCCAGAUCGAUGGCGAGCAACGGCAUGGUAUUCUUUCCUUGAAGCCAGCGCCAAACGUCACGAGGGCAGUCCGCCAGAAGACGAGCUCAUCGAGGCCUUCAAUGAACUGCAGUACAUAUCUUCGCCGGAUGAUGUUCAGAUUGACAUUGAUGUUCCUCGCACAAUCUCCAGCCAUAUCAUGUUCCGGAGACGGUACAGGGGUGGUCAAAGAUUGCUGUUCCGUGUUCUUCAUGCCAUGUCCUUGUACUUCCCAGAUACGGGCUACGUGCAAGGCAUGGCAGCUCUCGCAGCCACUUUACUAGCGUACUAUGAUGAGGAACAUGCCUUCAUCAUGCUUGUCCGGCUGUGGCAGCUCCGUGGGUUGGAAGAACUUUACAAAUCUGGUUUCGCCGGCCUCAUGGAAGCCUUGGCGGACUUUGAACGCGAGUGGUUGGCCGGGGGAGAAGUGGCCACAAAGCUGAACGAGGUUGGAAUUCCACCCACGGCUUAUGGCACACGCUGGUACCUCACGCUGUUCAACUACUCAAUUCCUUUCCCUGCUCAGCUUCGGGUCUGGGACGUUUUCAUGCUUCUUGGUGAUGCCGAUGACAACACCGGCCAUCAUGGAAGCUCAGGAAAGAACAAAGAUCACCCUGAAAACCCACGAACUUUUGGUCAAACUCUUGAUGUUUUGCACGCGUCUUCUGCCGCUCUCAUUGAUGGCAUGCGUGACAUCAUCCUCGAAUCCGACUUCGAGAAUAUCAUGAAAGUACUCACCAGUUGGGUUCCAAUCAAAGACACUGAGAUGUUCAUGCGUGUCGCCAAAGCGGAGUGGAAAGUACAUCGCCGCAAGAGACACGCUUAA